AUGAGUCGCAAGGGAGACAGCGUAACUUCCGCCAUUUCUUGCCAUUCUCAUUCGAGGAGAACAGCUUCGGCCGUUUCUUGGCCCGACCGGCAAGAUAUCGCCAAUUUGAAAUCGACAGUGAUGAAAACGAAGAUGCCCCGGAUUCAGACCAUGAUGGACGAGCAUCUCAACCGAGUCUCCACUGAGGUUCUCUUCAUCUCAGACGAAGAGGAAGAUCAUGAUGACACCGAUGUCAAUACUAGCGAAGUGGAUUCUGAGGGACAAUUCUCGGAUGGCUCAGACGACGACCACGAAGACGACUGUGACCGAAUCAAUGAACUGAUCGCCGAGAUCGAAGAGGCAAAGUUGAAGAAGCUGAAAGCAGAGAAGGCAAGACUGGAGGCAAAGAAGGCGGCAAGCCAGUCUCCUCGUAAGAAGAAGCUCACCCCAACCCGGAAGAAAACUAGGGCAACCUCCCAGAGGAAAGUUCCCAUCGCAAAAAAGAGGACACUGAAGGGAACAACGCCUAAACAAGUCACUAUUGAAGAAGGUAACAAUACUCUGAAUUCUCCCCCCCAGCCACCUACGACCGCCAGAAUACUCAAACCGGAGUCAGCGGCCGCUGAAACUCAGAACAAUCAGCCCAUCCUCCAAUCUGUCCUUGAAGCCAUCCAUCCCUACUUUGUAAAGCUUCAGGACUCAGCGGAUAAAAUGAGCAACGCAGCCAGACGGAUGGAACAAGAACGAGAAGAAGCAAGAUUGCGAAUGUCCGCUAUCAACAUGGGACAGGAACAACCACAUCCUUCUGGUCCAACUCUGCAAUAUCCCCUGAAGAACCCCUGA